AUCGGUAGAUUUCAAAAUGGGGAAUUGCUUCUCCCUCUCGAUAUCGUCUGAUCAAUCGAUGAACAAAGUCUUUCAAUGGCUAGACGACAAAGGAAGUUAUGUUCACAAUCUCGAGAAGAAUCUUGCAGCCCUCGAGACAACCAUCGAAGAGCUCAAAGCUAAGCGAGAUGAUUUAUCAAGAAGGGUCACAAGAGAGGAAGACAGAGGUCUACAAAGGCUUUCCGAGUUCCAGGUAUGGCUUACUAGAGUUGAGACUUUCGAAAGAGAAGUCAACGAUCUUCUUAGUGCUAGAGAUGCUCAACUUCAAAGGCUCUGCCUUUGUGGGUUUUUCUCUAAUAGUUUAAUGUCAAGCUAUCGUUAUGGGAGAAGAGUUUUCUUGACGUUGAAGGAGGUUGAGAAACUUAAAAGUAGAGUUUUCGAAGUGAUUGUUGAGAAAGAUCAAAGAUAUGAGGUGGAGGAAAGACAACUUCAACCAAUAAUUAUUGGUCAAAAAGAAAUCCUUGAAAAGGCAUGGAACCAUAUCAUGGAAGAUGGAGUUGGAGUUAUCGGUUUGCAUGGUAUGGGUGGAGUAGGAAAAACAACGCUUCUUGCACAACUCAACAAUAAGUUUACUGACCUAAGAUGUGGAUUUGAUUUUGUAAUUUGGGUUGUGGUGUCUAGAGAGUUACUGGUAGAGAAGAUACAAGAUGAAAUUGCUCGCAAAGUUGGUAUUGUUGGAGAGGAGUGGAAACAAAAAGAGAGUAGCCAAAAGUCCGAUGUUAUAUACAACUACUUAAGGAAAAAGAGAUUCGUCUUGUUUUUAGAUGACUUGUGGGAGAAGGUAGAUUUAGUUGAGAUUGGAAUCCCAUUUCCAACAACACAAAACGGAUGUAAACUGGCAUUCACCACUCGUUCCAAGGCUGUUUGUGCGUGCAUGGGGGUCGAAGAUCCAAUGGAAGUCAAAUGCUUAGCGGAAAAUGACGCAUUUGAUUUGUUCCAAAAGAAGGUUGGGAAAAUAACACAAGGGAUCGAUCCGGAGAUCCCCGAACUUGCAAGAAAAGUUACUAAAAAAUGUUGUGGCCUGCCACUAGCGCUCAAUGUUAUAGGCGAGACCAUGUCAUGCAAGAGAACGGUGCAAGAAUGGCGUAGCGCGAUAGAUGUUUUGACUUCAUAUGCUAUAGAUUUUUCUGGCAUGGAAGAUAAGAUCUUGCCGCUUUUGAAGUAUAGCUAUGAUAAUCUUGAAGGGGAUCAUGUCAAAUCUUGUCUGCUAUAUUGCGCUUUAUUUCCCGAAGAUGAUAGAAUCCCUGAGGAAAAACUGAUAGAUUUAUGGAUAUGCGAAGGAUUUAUAGAUGGAAGUGAAGGUAUAGAAAGAGCUGAGAACAAAGGCUAUGAGAUAAUUGGUUUUCUUGUUCGUUCAUCAUUGUUAAUGGAGGUUGAAUGGUAUGGAACAAAGAACGUGUGUAUGCAUGAUGUUGUUCGUGAGAUGGCCUUAUGGAUCGCAUCUGAUUUUGCAACACAAAAGGAGGCUUUCGUUGUACGUGCAUGCGUUGGGUUAAAUGAAAUGCCAAAAGUUGAGAAUUGGAACGUUGUAAGAAGAAUGUCACUGAUAAAGAAUGAGAUUCACAAUCUCUCUAGUAGUCAUGAAUGUCUCGAACUCACGACUUUGCUCCUACAGAAGUCGAAUCUGGCAAAUAUCUCGAGUAUGCAAAAGUUGAUAGCCCUAGCUCACUUGGAUUUGGAGGAAACAGAUAAGCUUUCGAGUGUAGCUACUAUAUCAAGUCUGCGUAAUCUGAAAAUACUGAAUUUGUCACGUGCUGGUGUUUCAUUGGAUUGCGACGCAAUAGAGGAGCUGGAAACCUUGGAGCAUUUAGAGAUUUUAACCAUAGACAUCGAUCUUCUUCCAAGUUUGAAGCAAUUUUUGAGGUCUUAUAGGUUGACGUGUUGCACACGAGACCUAACGAUCAGGAGUGUGCAUCUUGAAUCAUGUGGGAUAUUACUUCCGGUAACUAUGAACAAGCUUCGUGAGUUCAACAUUAUAUGGUGUAGCAUCUCUGAGAUAAAGAUGGGAACGAUGUGUGCUAAAAGCAAGACGGUUUCUCCUCUACACAAUCUGAGUAACACAUGUUUCUUGAGCCUCUCCAAAGUGAUUAUACUGGAGUGCAAAUGCCUUAAGGAAUUGACGUUGCUGAGGUUCGCUCCAAAUCUUAGAACUCUCUCUGUUGGAUCUGCGAAUCAACUAGAAGAUAUAGUAAAGGAAGAGAAAGGCUGUGAAAAAUCAGGGAUUGUUCCUUUUCGAAAGCUGAUGUAUCUUACUUUGGCUGAUCUACCCAUUUUGAAGAAUAUUUAUUGGAGUUCAUUACCUUUCCCAUAUCUUAAGAGAAUCGAUGUAAUCAGAUGUCCAAAUCUGAGAAAGCUUCCAUUAGAUUCCCAAAGUGGUAAGCAAGGACUCAUCAUAAGAUACACAGAGAAAGAAUGGAUUGAAAAUGUGGAAUGGGAAGACGAAGCUACAAAAACUCGCUUCUUACUUUCAUGCCUACAAGUCUAAAAUUUCUCCUCUUCUCUUAUUAGAUUUUGAAGGUUUUUUUUUGUUUUCUUGGUUUUUAGCUGCUUCAAUCUUUAAUCUCUCUCUCACUCUCUUUCAGUUUGGAUUGUAGCCACAAGUUAUAACGGGUCUCUUCUGUGACAGCUAGUUCGAAUUGAUGUAGAUUUAUUCCAAAAAGAAACGACGUGGGAUAGUGGAAUUAACAAAGCAAUUCUAUUAACAUUGAAUAAU